CUCCAUCGCAUGAAUAGCUCACAACUGUCCAGAACAUCUUUGCGUUUUGGUCAGUCGUUAAAAUGACCUAUUCCACUCCAUUCAUCAUCACAUUUGUGUCUCUCAGUUUGUGGUUGUGCACUGAAAUUUGCGCUGACGAUACAAUUAGCAAUGUUAUGGGCCUGAAAGACUGCGGUGAAUGUGAAUUGUACAGGUGCCCAGAUAAUUCGUCAAGAUGUCUUGUAGGAUCCGUUCCCGAUCCCUGCGAGUGCUGUCCAGGUGGUAGAUGCGCUAAACUCGAGGGUGACAGCUGUUGGAAUGCCAGCAUCAGCAGUCUCAAUCCUAAGAGACGAAAGGAUGGCUUUUGCGCUAUGAAUUAUCUCUGCCAAUUGCGAACUGAUCUUCUUGAUAAGGACGAGCCAGAGGCAAUGUGCGUGUGUAUGGAGCAGAGUCUGGCGUGUGGAAGUAACAAUCAGACUUAUUCAACACCUUGCGCACUUCAUGAGGAGGCGAUGCGGCUUAAAAAAGCUUCACUCAAGCUCAAGCACCUCGGGCCAUGCCCCAGCCGUCCGUGGAUUUUCUCACCACUGAGGGAUACUGCUGCUCCCUACGGUCAACCAAUCACAUUCAAUUGCGAAGCCAAAGGCUUUCCUGUCCCGGAUAUUUCCUGGGAAUUUCGCUCGACCAGCGAUGGGAUUGUUCUCAAAUUACCAAGUGAAGAACAUGGGGGCACAGUGGUGACAACCGAUGGCCCCGAGAAUCUCAUGAAGACAUCCUGGAUGCAACUUUCAUCAGUCAUGAGACAGCACACGGGAACGUACCAGUGUAUUGCUAACAACACUUUGGGACACGCAAGCUCAGCCGCCUUUCUAUCCGUCAUGAUAUAAUUUCAGAUCACUUCAUCUCCCCUUUGCUCACUCAACCCUCGGGAGCCAUAACCUUCGGUCAGUCGGACCAACUUACACGUGAAGAGAAAAAUCUGAGAAUUUUUAUGGUGUGAUUCUGAUGAAAAUUAUAAAAAAUUGCAGACGUGAGAAAAAUUACUGUGUCGCGUAGUAAAAUUUCUUUAUCAGCUUGGGAAAAGUUCUAUAUCGGUCUCGUCAAAAUUCAAAGUCUGAUGCAACGUUUCUCAUGACGACGUCCAACGUCGGCAAUAAUCGGUUACAUUCGGCGCUCAUCGUUAGCCAAUCACAAUGAGUUAACGAAAAAUUGCUGUGCGGCACAGUAAAAAAUGGAGGAAAUCACAAUAAAAUAAACUGAUCUGGACAGAAAUUUUAAAAAAUUUCUAUCAAUUUUUCGACUAAACGCAAAUAAAAAAUGAUAGAUCUGCUAAUUUUAUACUCCUAUUUAGUCAAUUUUACGAAGUCAUAUAUCAUUAAUUAGUAAUAAAAGAAGGAAGACUCAUUAAAAUAAACUGACUUAGAGCGGAAUUUUUCACAGAUUUUUAUCAAUUUUUCAUAAACAACGAGAGACCUUAAAAUUUUAUGGUGCUGUUUAGUAAAUUUUACGUGGCUACAUAUCAUUAAUACCAAAAUUUAUUUUCAUUUAUUUUCAAAUUAAUUUACGGUAUUGACAGGAAUUUUUCUGUGUGAGUAAAAAACAUUCCAAUAGUCUAAUAUGUUGGCCUUCGAUUUUAGUGUCCGGCACAGUAAUUUUUCGCAGACUUUUCUCUCCGUGCAAUAAUCAGUUAUAUUCGGGCCUCAUCGUUAACGGGUAAUUAAAGGGUAAGUUUUGGUGAAUUUUUUUCUUCGGACCAAUAAAUUCUAAACCUGUCAUAAUUAUUUCCAUGAACAAUUUCGGUAACUGGGCUGCGAUGAAUAAAAAUCAUAUAAAUACAUAACAUACAAACAUAGUCGUCAAUUAAGUCCAAUGUUUUCAGUCAUUAACACUUCAUUAUGUCUGAAGAGUCUCCUCAUUCUUCUGUAUUCACCUUGUAUUGAUUUAUCUCCUCACCAGCCCCUUCCUCAGGGUUGAGUGGAUCCUAUAUAGUCACCCAAUUGCCCUGUGGCGGCGGGGGUCUGUAACAUUCAUUUUUAUAUGAUUUUCAAUAAAAACGUUGACGAAACAAGAAAA